AUGUUUGACGGCGAUUUACUGGGUGUUCUUGACGUCUCCAUGCGCGCACUUCCUACGCAAAGGCAGGAGUGUGGCAGUUGGGUUCUUAAUCCGGUCGUGGUCGAGAAAUGGGCGAGUUUAGAGGGCUUCCUUUCCAAUGUUGCUACGGCCUUACGGGGUGAAAUUGCCCGACUUGUCCCAGCACCAAGUUGCGGGGCCAUGAACUCACGACCGAUCUCCUAUGGCUAUGCAAACCCAUUCUCAACGCAGGAGAUGCUCAUCACUGCUGUUUCCCACUCCAAAGACGCGUUUUCCUUGCUGCUAUCGGCUAUCGCACUCUAUUUCCUUGCGCUGGAUGGUUCUGCCCGGAGCUCAGCCUGGCGCAGCAAUGUCAUGAAACUACUGGGGAUCCACCCUCGGUCGAUGGACUCGUUGGAGGAUGUUGUUCAGCGUCUCCUCCGGCAUCCGGCGGGAAUGAUUCUAGACUGCACAUCAGAGAGCCCCCGCGAGCUCGACUGGCUCUUCUCCAUGCUCAUCAAAGCCACUACCCAGAUCCAUGUCCCAAUCUACUUCUUCCUGGGUGAGGGCGACGAGGCUGUGACACGAGCCAGUCAUCUGGAAGCGUUUCCGGCCAUGCGCAAUCUCAGUCUCGAGGUUGGCCAUCGGAUUCGCGCACUGAACCAGCUCCCUGCAGUCCCGGUCGCAACGGAGGAAUUUGUCUUUGUUAAAGCAAAUAUGCGUCUGUUUGGGACGAUCCCAAACCCUGAAUACUACGCGGCUUUGAAGACUGAGCAACGACAAUUCCCACCUGUCGAGCCUCACAGUGGCCAGAAGGAGGGGGAGAGCUACGAGGAGUUCUUUGCUCGUUGCAAGACGCUCAACAAGCGCAGACUUUCCCAAGAAACAGACAAGGACAGGCAGACACGCCUUCAGCGCGAACACAACGCUAAGUCACAGUCCUGUCCUGGGAAGAAGGGUGCUCGUGUAUUCAUAUGGGAGGAGGUGGACAAAUUCUGGGUUCGUCGUUUGGUCCAACGGAACGAGGUCGAGGAAGAAUGGGUCAAUUUUGCCCAGUCCCAGCGCAUAUACGACUCGUUCAGGAAUGAGUGGGACCUCUGCAAACCGCUGGAUCUCACAGCUCAAGCAAUAUACGACGACGACGACGACGACGACUUCUGCGGCGACGGCGAUAUCUAUGGUGGAUGUUUCGCAGGUUUUGACGCCGACUUCGAGGAUGAUCUUCCCGUGGGACUCACUGCUCGAGUGCAGUCAACUUUGAACGACCCUUCCUCCAUUCUCCAACAUGUCGACAGCUACUACGACGGCGUUGCAGACAAAGAGCAACUUUCCAUCGCGCCUGAGAUCAACAGUGCUGAUCUCCAUCCCACAAGGGCCAUUCUCGAAUAUCGCGUCGGGCUCGUUGACAGCUCCGAGCAGUCUUUCACCGAGGCUGAGAUGAUUAGCCUCAACUUGGGCAAUCGCUUCUUGGGCCACGGAGAGUCCUCCACACCAAAGCCGCUGAGGGAUCCAGCCCGGGCGUUGCUGCUUUCACUGACCAAGGCUAAGCGUCUUCAAGAGAUGCCCAGCGAUCUUUUCGACCUCUGCAACGAGAAGAUCGCCAAAGAUAUCCUAUCGAAGAGCGGCAUCUCGGUAACCUUGAUUGAGGGUGUGAGGAGCAGCAAAGUCCAUGGCACCACGGGAUAUGUGCUCAAGCCGGCCGACCAGGGGGCAUCUGGGCGAGAAGUUCUUACUUUCAGCGGCACAACUGUCAUGCAGCUCAUGCGCCGUCGUUGCAGCACCUGGUCCGAGAUCAUCUCGAACUUGUACAAUCUUGGUGCUACCUUCCACAUUGUUGUCGAGGCUUCCACCUAUACACCAUCGUCAUAUCAGCCGAGCUAUUUCCAUUGUCGCGGUCUCGGAGUUCGCGCCGCAGGUUACAUCCCGGAUCAGCAUGAUCUCGACACCUACUGGGAUCUCCUCAAGCGGUUCCUUCUCUCUCCUCGGGGAUCACUGGCGCUUCAAGCUGGAGGUGUAGUUGCUCGCCUUGCCCGCCUGAUCAUCAACAACUCGCAGUUGGAGCUGAGAUCAGAUGAUGUCGACAUCAAGCUGGCUGAGCAGCGGCUACAGAUCAACGACAGCUCCUUCUAUUUUCACGCUUUGACGGAGGAGGAAGAAGACCUUGUUCUUGGUGUCUACAGCAUUGAGAUAAACCAGCUAAAUCCCCGGACUGGCAAAACCAGCGGACAUCAAGAACAACGGCUCUCAUGGUGGCCGCAGGGGGGCGCGUUUUUCACAUCGGGAAUGAGUGUUGGUUGGUGGACGCCAGAUUGCGAGCGUUGGUUUCAAGAGGUUCUACGGGACAUGGCAGCUAACAAAGCGCUCGUUCUCAACAACUCGCGCUGGAAGCACAGAAUCCGCGGAUACAACUCCGUUGGGCGAAUAGCCAAGAACCUCGACACUGUUUGUGACAACUAUUUGACCAACGUGAAGUUAAAGUGCCCUGUAGCAUAG